AUGGCUGAAUCGUCUAAGACUCCUUUUGUCACUAAACAAUCUGGUUCAACUGUGAUGCUCAAUAUCAAGGCAAAUCAGAAUCUCAUUCUGGAUCUUAACUCUUCAAGAUACUUCGAUGAUAUCAAGCCCAUGAUCGAAUGGUUUUCUUCCAUAGAGGGUCUUGUCGAUCCUGAGUCGAAUUCUUCAGCCGCCACCCUUGAAAUGUUUUUCCAGAUAAGAUAUCUUGGUGAGAAUGAUCUUGUGUCAAAGUUCAAGAAACCUAACCUUCCACCAAUAUGGAAUGGCCUAUUUACUCUACUUUUCAACAGUUUUUCAAAACAAAUUACUGGCUGUGUCGCGGAUGUUAACCUCUUCUUGCAAAAUCUGGUAGAGACUUGUGACUCGUUGCUCACAGUCUCAGUUUGCCAACAUAUCGCUGAAAAAAUCAAACCAAUAUUCUCCAUUCUUAAUCGUAUCGAGGGUGUUUUGGAAUGUGGUGCUCUUCCGAAACAAAGGGGGGAAUCUAAGAAGCCAUUUGAUGAAGAACCCAAGAAACCAACUGACGAAUCUGGAAAAGGAAAAUUGAUUGAUAGUGAUAAAGAAGAAGAAGAAGAUUUGUCUGAAGGGUCAAAACUUAAAAGAAAGAAACGUGACCAAGAGCUUGAUGAGAAUCUACGGGUUGAAAAAGAAGUUGAAAUUCGGGAAAAGGAGCCUCGUGAUGCUCAAAUCACACUCAAAACUCAAAGGGACCUCUUCCUUCCUUGGUUGAUGGAGCGAAUUUUGAAAGAAGCCAUUGACAAUCCGAAAGUUUACUCGUUGGAGCCAGUUGCUUCGUUUGAAUUGGAAAACACUUUGGAGUGUCAACUCGAUUUUCCGAUCACUGUGAAAGCAUUUUUAUUCUGUUGUUUUGAUAAGGUUGAGAAAGCUCCUAAUUCAGAUAACGAUGCCAAUCUCAUGCUUAUCUCCAUUUAUCUCUGGCAUGGAAAGCCCCAAUAUCAAACUUGGAGUUCGAAGAAGAUUACUGCUGUGAAAGUCUUUGGUCUGAUUGAAACAAAUAGCUUCAUUAAUGCUCGGUUCAAAGCAUCACAAGGGGCAAGCAAACCGAUCGUUGAAUCCUCUCUUGCAUAUUUGUCGUGCCUUAAUCCAUAUUAUUGGAUUUCAUUGUUCAAUUUUUUAUCUAAAGAUGAACAGAAAUUCGAACCUAUUGUGGCACAUUUGAAAAGGAUGUUGGUUUCCUACAUUCAAGAAAUCGGGAAAAUGGAUGUGGAGAUAAUGGCUGUACUAUGGAAGAAACCCACUGUGCAACCAAAAGAAGCUCUGAACAAUGUCACCAAGAUAAAAUUCGGAAGAAUCCAAAAGGAUAAUUGGAGUGUGACAUUUCAAGAAAGUGAUAAAGAUGGUACAAAUGUUCAGAAGUGCUUAUUUUCCUUACUUGACAAGCAUCUUUAUUCUACUUCUUGUCUGAACUACAUUGUGGGGAUUAUUGAACAAUGUAAGACGAAUGUUGUUGCGGAUAAGAAGUGCCCCGUAGAUAUGAUCAAAUAG